GAAGCCACCUUAGCUAGAUACCCAGCAAUCCCCUAUAAAUAGCACCUCGCCAACAACAUGGUAACAACGCAACCCUUUGAUACCUAAACCUUCAGAAGCCAGACUUGCUAGCUGCUAGCUUCGACACCUCCCUUGCUCCAGCUCCUCUGGACCUCUACACACUCUUCAAGCCCUGAAUGGACUUUGACAUGCUGAAUUGUACCCCGGAAGCGCAGCUCGAGCUGAUGAACGCAAUGCUAGAGCUGGAGCAGCUCACUGCAUUCCCUGGCCAUGGCGCCAUGACGGUGCCUUCGACUCCCCCUUCGCCGUGCAUGCAAGCUCCUCAUCACUUCUCCUCGGUGCCUCACAUGUCAGGCACCGUCGGCGCCGCCUACAGCGACCAGUGUUCCCAGGUAACAGCUGCGUCGUGCGACGGCAGCAACCGCUCGGAGUACACUGCGCAGGCUCCUGCGGCCGGCGGUGGAAACGGAAGGGACGGUGCUUCCGGCGUCGGGUCGCCGGCGAUGCGGGAGAUGAUCUUCCGCGUCGCGGCGCUGCAGCCGGUGAACAUCGACCCGGAGAUGGUGCGUCCGCCGAAGCGGCGAAACGUCCGCAUCUCCACCGACCCGCAGAGCGUGGCAGCGCGGAUGCGGCGAGAGCGCAUCAGCGAGCGCAUCCGUAUCCUGCAGCGGCUCGUCCCGGGCGGAACCAAGAUGGACACCGCGUCCAUGCUGGACGAAGCCAUCCACUACGUCAAGUUCCUCAAGACUCAGGUGCAGUCGCUGGAGCGCGCCGCCGCCAGCAGUGGCCACCGCGCGGCGCCUGCAGCGGACUACCACGGCCGCCUGAGCGGCCCGUGGUAGAUCGAUCGAUCGGUGGUGCUUACGGUCCGGCAUGCAUGUCCGUGUAAUGAUGUGAUGCAUUGAUCACCGUUGGACCUGAGCUUGCACGUACGAUGAAUGCCGGCGUCGGUAGCACUUGUACGAUCAUAUGUCUAAAUUAAGUUGUACCUGGUCAGACGCCUUACAUUCUACUACUAGCUAGUGAUAGUAUUACUGUCAUUGCAUGCUUGCGACUCGCAGCGCAUGCAUGCACGUAUGUGUAGCUUGUACAUUGUACGUACGCACCUACUACCUCAUGUUAUGAAUAUGUUUAAUCCG